GGAUAGAUGACAACACGCAGAAAUGGCUUCUAAAGCCUCGGCGACUUUAACCAGUUUUAUGACAGGAUACUACGGACCAGCCUCGUGUAGCUCACGAGGGUUUCAGAGUUUAGUGAGAGCCAUCGGUGAAGCUAAAUCUAAGCAUGUAAGUUACUACAAUUUAUGUCUUCUGAUCUACAGUUAACACAGAACUGAGGUUUCUCUUUUAACAGCUAGCAAACUCCGAUCGGAGAGAAAGGUUGACGCACCACUCAUGUGCAUUGUUGUAAUCUAAAUCUCCUUAUUUUUGCUUUAAAAGCCGUAGAGUUUGGUGAAAAUCUCAUUUACGUAAGUUAAAAGCAAACUAUGUGAUAUUGAAAAAGUGUCAGCUGUUUAGGAAGCACAGGUAACCCAAUCUUGGUAUUGGAGCGACAAAAUAGUUAAUGUCCUUCGCAUUUACAUCGACAAUACACUGUACUGUACGAUUUCGUUUGGUAGAGCGUGAAUUAUAAGGGUUCUAUGAUAUGUUUAAUUAAACUGCUGGCCCCCGGUUGUUCAAACGUUGGAUAGCGCUUUCAACUGGAUAAAUACUUAUCCAGCAGACAAGUAUUUUGGGAAACAAUUGCGGUGUCACUGGAUAGCACUACCUACCUUUUGACCUACCUACCUGGGGCCUGGGGGUGAAAAACUAAAUUUUUUUGUCUUUGGCAGAUUCUAAAAUCUGAAGUUGAUGAAUUUUAGCCUGCAAAAUUCUCCCCAAAUUUUCCAAGGCAUUAUUAUGUACAUAAUAAUAUUACGGUUUCUGGUCGUAAUUAAGACUACUGAAUCAGAUUCAUUGAGUAGGAAAAGAAAACUAAUAGUCCAUUUCAUGUUGUCUUUUUUUAUUUAAGGAAGAGGACAGAAUUGCCAAAAGGGAACUGAGUUUGUUAAAAGAUAAGAUGACCCAACGUGACACAUCUCCGGUAAGAGGCAUUUCUUUAAAAUUACAAAAACAACACAAUGCUGAACAUUAUCUACCUAUUCAUAGAAACAAACAAAAGGUGGUGGACAAAACACUGACCCCCAGUCCAUGGACUACCCCCAAGGACUACCUUAAAAUGGACUAUGCCGCUAAAGUUUAGUGGUGAGGGUUAGGAAAUGUCAAGUGGUAGAAGAUCAAUACGUGUAUGUGUUUUAGAUCACAUUAUGAGUGAAAGAAGAUCCAAAUGCACAUGAUCAGAUUGUGUUCUACGUGUAUAUGUUCCACUUAUUCUCCACUUAAGUCAAAACGAAAUUGGAAUGCUGGCUUCAUACAUUGCACUCAUGUGUAAUAACAACCUGGAGAUAAAGACAUGACAAGAUUUAACUCCGUAAUUAAAUGAACUGACAGUGAAAAGUUAUUUAAAAAACAUGAGGUUGUUGGAAAUAAUAAUUUAUGGUUGUUAACAUAAAGAAAUUUCUUCAUAAUAAUGCUAAAUGUAUUUUGUAAUUAAUACCAUUGAUGUUUUGUUAUGUUUUUAGAAACAGAUGAGGGAAUAUUUAGUGCGUUUAAUUUAUUGUGAGAUGUUGGGCCAUAGUGCAUCAGAUUGUUAUGCCGAAGCUGUCAAAUUUGCACAGCAACCAAAUAACCUGGACAAGCGAGUUGGUGAGUUCAUCAGUCUCAUAAAAAUCACACCAAAGAUUCAAACGUAUGAUUUGCCAACCCCCAAGAGGCAAACCAAAUAGCUUUGAGAAGCUGUGAGGACUAGGAAAAAGUCAUGGGAGUUUAGGUAUUAGAUCUCCAGAGGUCACAUAUCAUUUUAAAGCUGGGGCAGUAAGAAUCACAAUCAAUUUUCUUUGUUGCUGCUGACAUCCGCAUCAUUACUUUGUUGGUGGCUAUCUCAAAAUGAGAGAUUUAGGUUUUUAUUUUAAUGGUGGGUCUGCUCAUUUAGACUGUGUCAGGCAUUAAUUUCUUCACAUGUAGAUGCAUGUAGAUUGCAUAACUUUACUAUCUUACUUGAAAGUGAAUUAACCUUACAUAUGCAAGUCUAAAAGUUUUUGGAGAAUGACGUUUUGAGAAAGAGUGAGAAAAGUUGUCAGCUUGAGAAGUCAUAACAUGGCAAGUCUUAUGUACUUAAGUUGAUGCAAUUCUUAAGUGAUUUGAAAGUACAGUCAACUUUCUUGUAUGCGACCACCCUUGGUGCACCACAAAGUGGUCGCUUAUGGGAGGUGGUCAUCUACAGGAAAAAUCAAGAAAAUACGUGCUCAAACUGAACCGAUUAACAUACAAACAUGUAAUUUCAUAAAUUAACCUUAAAAGCUAAAACUUAGGCAAAAAGACAACUGGCAAUUAAAUCUUAUAUACAUCGAAUAGUGCUUGGAACUGUUGAAACAAUCCACUUUUUUACCCAUAGAUAUUAUUACAGCCAUCGUUUGUGUAAGUCAGCUGCUCUAAUCUGUUGGCAUGCUUGGUCAGCGCUAUCAAAAACAGAAAUUUUGUGACAUUCAAGGGCUUUGUUGCAAUAUUAUUAUACGUGAUCAUCCGGGUGGUCAGUGGGAAACAGAAAACAAGACAAUAGAGUAGAAUCCUAGUAACUGGAACCUCUGGAGGGAAAUGAAAAGCAGUUUGUGUUAGUGGGGAAUCUGAGUUAUUGGCGGGUAAAUUUCAGUGAAAUUUUGAUAAAGGGAAAGGAAAUUUAAUUUGAGUUAUCGAGGUUCCACUGUAUGUCAAAUUUCUGGUUCAGAAAGGGGUUGUGGUCAUUUACAAAUUUUGUUAGUGGUCACUUAUGAGAGAGUUUCUGAAAAAGUGUUCUACUGACAAAAUCAACGGACUUAUUUUCAGAGUGGUUGCUUAUGAGGCAAGAUGUGGUUGCUGUGAGAGAGUUGGCCUUAUUUCAAUUAAUUAUUUGUAGUGCUCACUGUGUGGUAUGAUGUACUGUCAUAAUCAAACUUCUGUAAGCGACCAGCUCCCGAAAGGUCACAGGCUUAUGGUUGCUUACUGGACAGCCAGUUGUUUAAAAACACAGGGUUUCUACACUGAGAACAGGUUUGAAACAUCAGCAUGUUUACUACAGAAAUGUAUUCAAAGAGAAUUAAGUGGAAGUCCCAUAUCCAUCAGGAUUAGUAAAAAUGAUGAAGAUAGUGUACUGAGUUGGCAAUUCACACAUUUUCUAAUCAAAUGCUCUUGUUAGGCAUUUUCUUUAGAUAGAGUUUGCUUGCUAUCUUAAGUUUAAAUGAAUUCUAGAAAUGGUCCAAAAAUAUUUGGAGUGUGGCUUUUGAAAAAGCUUGAGAAAUCAGUUGUCAACUCAUGAGAGGGUGAGAUACAUGUAGGUUGUGAAAUUGUGAGACUCAUACAUGUAUGACAAAGUCGUGAGACUUGGCAAAUCUGCUGUUGUAACUAAAGGUCCCUCAAUACAGUGAGUGUACCGGUACUUUGAGUGAGUAUAGCAUAGUUCAGACAAUGAACAUACUUAGACAUCAAAGCAUAAUUAUGUCAAGUGGUUGCUUAUAAGAGGUUUAUUGAAAAAUAGAUUGUGGUUGGUUGCUAGCUAUGAGAGGUUAUGAGAGGUCCCAACUACAGAGCGUGGAAAAGGAUAUAUUUCCUUAGUAUUUUGUCUUGACUAUUUGGUCAUGGGAGUUGUUCACUUAACCCUUUCAGUCCCGAUAGUGACCAACAUCAAUUUUCGCUUAACAAAAUCCAGUAAUGGUCAAGAGAUAAUUAUGAGAAUUAACAAAUUAUCACCAAAGAGAAAAUACCUUGAUCUGUUAUUAAAUUCUCUCAACUGACUCUUAAAGGAAAUAUAUGGAGAUCAGUUUGGAGAAUUUGGAUGUUGAUAUUGGGACUUAAGAGCCGAUGUCAGUAAAUAUCGACCAGAGGUCUACAAAAGUGAAAAAUCGAAAAUUCUCAAAAAAAUUCACAAAGUAGCACUAGGUAAGCUAUUAACAUAAAUGUAAUUUUUACUUCGAUCCGAUAAUUAUUUUCCACGUACGGGGGGGUUAUUGGUUUCGCGGCUCUCGGACCGGGUUUUCCAGGCCCGAGACCAUGUGUCGCAAAAAAAUCGUUUUAAAAUUCAAAUCCAUUGUAUGCGGACAACAAAUAACUUAUUCAAAAGAGUACUUAAUUGCACACAUUCUAAGUGGUGAUUUACUCAGUUUGAACGAAAGUGUAAUAUUUUGGAGAUUUUUCAUUAUUUUCAAUAUUUUUAACGUUUUCGUUCAAUGAAAAAAUGGCAAAUUUCAAAGCCCAAAAUCGUCGACUGGUACCUCGAUUUCAGUAACGAGUCUUAUACCACGUUAAAGAGCGUUAUCUCUUCUUUCAAAAUCUGUUUUCAAAACUACGGGCAACUUAAAAGAAAAUGUUUGAGGCCAAAAAAUACUAGUAGUACUUUUCUGAAAUUUGAGCUUUCCAGACUCAUCGGGUCGAUGCUAAAAACUCAGAAAAAUGCAAUAAGAAAUCAGUUUGAGCAACAGUGAUUUAAUGUUAUCAGCUAUCAGAAACUAACACGUGUUUAUACAGCGAUCUGAUAAAAUUUAAAGCCGUUUUCCAACAAGAAAAGCAGAGUUUAGCCAUCUUCUGCUACCAAACGCACGAGUGACGUAAGGUUGUCAAAGGGCAAAGCACAAUAAUAAACUUCAAAAAGCACAACGUUUCUGCGUCCAGGAAUUAGACUUUAGCGGACAGAACAUUGCUUACAAGUGUAUGUUUCAUACCUUAGUAUGGGUUUCCUAGAUACUGGAAAUAAAAAACAUCAAGGACAGCAUCGGCAAGAGCAUCUUCGGCAGCUCUCAAACGACGGAGAUUGCGUUACUUUUCACAGAUUGACCGCUUACCACCUGUUUUUGGGCUCGCAUUUCGACGGAACGCUUGCCUCGAGAGGCGCGCGGCACGGAUCUGAACUCUUCUUCACGAGACAUUGAACUGAAUUUAUCGGAAAUAUGCCACCACCACCAACAACAUGAGCUUUUUUCGGGUAUUUGUCGUUUUUUAUGCGAAAAGUUCGGGUAAGCAUAUUCUCGCAAAAACCAUUUGGCUUAAAAAAUGUGUUUAAAAGCCCACCCUGGAUUUGAAGCAAAAAGUAUUUCCUCGAAAUAAGCUAAAAAUACCCAAUUCACGCGGCGAAAAAAUGGAUGAUUAUGGAAGGACUAUCGAAUUCUUGCCUAACCUGAGGGAUUUCCCGUGAUGUAGGAUUAGGGCUAGGAAAAAAGCCCAUAACCUACUCCUGUCGUUGUGAAUUUCCUCAAGAUCAAAAAUUUCAGUAAGAACCGAAAACAACAACCUAAAGGAGGUGUACACACCUUGAACUAGCCAGGGAAAAGAGGCUUCUGAUUGAGCUAAACUGUCAUUGAUGCACGGUGCAAUUAGGUAGACCUGUUACUAUCCCCCGCGCAACCACAUGGGGAGUACUUUGAAGCGGUCCUGUCGGGGACUUUAGGGGGUAGGGGGCGGGGCAAAUCGAAAAUAACUUCUCUUUGUUUUUGUGAAGUACAACAUUUCUCGCACGGUUGACAAGGUGACGGCGGACUCCGUACCUUUGGAAAGGCCCUUUUGAAACAUGUCCUGGCAACAUGCAGGGCAUCACGAAAUUAACGUCAACACCUUGAAUCAACUCCAUGAACAGGGAGAGGCGAUAAGUCCCAUCUUAAAAGAUGCUUGAUGUCUAGACGUGAAUAGUCUGUCCACAGUCAUUUUUCAUUUUGUAUUUCGGGACCAUUUGACAGCGUACGAGUGAACCGGAGUGCAGUAACGGGCCCUAACCCCACCCCAUUACCCUUGUGGUCAAUAAAUCAUCGCGUUUUUCAUUUUUUUUAUGCGCGUUCGAGAACCUCCAAAGGGAAUAUUGAGGGUCUUUGUACAGUUUCAGUUUAUUUUACCGACAAAAAAGAACAAAACAAAGCUAAAGCGAGUAUACAGAAACACGCAGAAGCAAUGUGGUGAGGAAGCCCAAAAAGAAACCAUAAGGCUUAGGUCAUCCCCUUUUCGUUCGUUUAGCGUCGAAUAGUUUUCCUGGUUUUGGGCGGGUCGGUCGGUGGAGUGAAAAAAAAAAAAUCACAAGAAAUCUGAGAAAGGGAGGCCUGAAACACCAGCAUCAUUGCCGUGGAGACUGAAAACAACAAGACAUGGUCACCAAAUCGACACAAACUCAAUAUGGCGGAAAAUUUGAUGGUCAAUUUCAUAAAAAAAAGGCCCAAAAAGGGUAAAAAGCAAAGAGGAUACACCACCGAACGUUGUAUGCCUCGAAAUGAUGUUAUAAUGCUAAUUUUUUAGAUUAAAAGAAUUAAUCUAAGUCCAAAAAAAAUAAACCUUGUCGUUUCUUUUUCUUGCUUUUUUAAAAAAUGCCAAAAAACUGGGUUUUUUGGACGACACUAAACGAAGAAAAAAUUAAUAUAGGUAUUAAGCUCCCUUAAAGUAUAAAAGUAUAAGUUUACAAGGACAGGAUCGAACGUAUACUGAGUAACUAAAUGAUAAAAAUUUGAUCAAAAUUAAAUGAAAGGCUAAGAGCCUAAGCGCUUUCUGAUAACGAAACGGUAAACAAGAAGUGCUGCCUCUCAUUUAAAAGAGACGUGAAAUACUGGGUGGACCACAUCCUGAACUCCCGCGAAAACCGCAAGAGAGGAACGCUCAGGGCUAAGGAGACUAAACAGGGGCGUAGCUACUUGUACGCACGGUUUGCACGUGCGUACCCGAAAACGUUGAGGAAAAAAAAAAGAAUGAAAUAAACAUAACUAAAAAAAAUCGGUUUCCAGAGAAGCGACGACAUUAAUUGGAGAACCGAAUCUUGGAUGAUUUAUUUAUAUAGCAAGCUUGAUGAUGUAAAGCGUGAACGCGUUGUUUUCUCCACGACCUGUCUUCGGAGUAGACGAAGUAGGGCACAAUUACGUCAAUGUGUGGUGCUUUUGUCGGUCAAAAAUAAUGUGACAAAAAGGGGUAAAAAGAGUCAUUUGUAAACUAAAGUCGGAGGUACUACAAGCUUGAUUUUUAAUAGCUGAAUUAAUGAUAAACGGUUGACGUCAAUGAACAUAACAAGCCGACAGAAUUAAAGAAUUUUAGAGGUUGUGUCAUUUCAUAAACAGCAAAAAUGCUUUUGCUUACAACCGUUAACCCCACCUUUAAUAAAGGCACCUUAAAAAAAUGUUGAGAUUUGGGGUGGGGGGGGGGAAGAUGUAGAAAAAGUUGGGCAUACCUCCGGAAAAAUCCUGACUACGCACCUGCUAAAGCCUGAAACUGGACAACAGGAGUCUUGACGAAACGUCCUCAGUUAUCACCUGUCCGGGGUCGUACUUUCAAGGAAACGCUGAUCAAGAAUCACUCAUGACGGAAUGAAAACUCCUCGUAGCUUCCAGCGAAAAAAGGAGUGACAACAGUGGUAAGCGGUCGUUCUGUGAAAUGUAACGCAAUCUUUGCCGUUUACGAUCUUUCGGCGCUUGGAUUUGAAACGUUGUUGUUUGGUAUGUUCUCCCGUGUGGAUACUUGACAUUUCCAAUAUAUGGAAACACCAUGCUAAGGUACGAACAACAGACAUUCACAACAUUGUUUUGUACGCUAAAAUCUGAUUUCAUGGACGUAAAACGUUUUGAAUUUUAAGACUUUUUAAUAUUAGUGCUUUGCCCUCCCUUUGACAACUUCACGUGACUGGUGCACUUGGCAGGAGUUGACAGCUUAAAUCUGCCUUUCUUGAUAGCAAACGGCAUUAAUUUAUAUCAGAUCGCUGUAUAAACACGUCUUGGUUUCUGAAAGCUGAUAACAUGAAACCACUAUUGCUCAAACUGAUUUCUUACUGUAUUUUUCCAAGUUUUUAGCAUCGGCCCGCCGCGUCUGGAAAGCUCAAAUUUCAGAAAAGUACUACUUGUAUUUUUUGGCCUCAAAAAUUUUCUUUUAAGUUGCCCGUAGUUUUGAAAACAGAUUUUGAAAGAAGAGAUAACGCUCUUUAACGUGGUAUAAGACUCGUUACUGAAAUCGAGGUACCAGUCGACGAUUUUGGGCUUUGAAAUUUGCCAUUUUUUCAUUGAACGAAAACGUUCAAAAUAUUGAAAAUAAUGAAAAAUCUCCAAAAUAUUACACUUUCGUUCAAACUGAGUAAAUCACCACUUAGAAUGUGUGCAAUUAAGUACUCUUCUGAAUAAGUUAUUUGUUGUCCGCAUACAAUGGAUUUGAAUUUUAAAACGAUUUUUUUGCGACACAUGGUCUCGGGCCUGGAAAACCCGGUCCGAGAGCCGCGAAACCAAUAACCCCCCCGUACAUGGAAAAUAAUUAUCGGAUCGAAAUAAAAUAAAAUUUAUGUUAAUACCUUACCUAGUGCUACUUUGUGAAUUUUUUUGAGAAUUUUCGAUUUUUCACUUUUGUAGACCUCUGGUCGAUAUUUACUGACAUCCGCUCUUAAAGGGUUAAAAGAGGUUUCACACAUAAAUCAUGAUCGUAUCUUUUAAUGUUAAAAUGCACAAUAAAAGCAAUAAAUAUUAUUAUUAUUAUUAUUAUUAUUAUUUUUAAAGGUUUGACUGUGCAUUUAGAUAAUUGUAGUUGUACAUAUUUUGUUUUGUUUAGAUCAUAAUGAUCAAUUACACAGAACUGAUGCUACUUAGCACUGAUCAGUACAUGCAAAGAGCUGCAUGUAAUAUUUCAUGUGCAAAGCAUUGUGGAAAAAGUCACAUACAUGACGUAUUCUCUCUUAUCAGUUUCUUUUACUUUUUUUCAGGUUAUUUGGUAUCAUCACUAUUUCUGAGUGAGGAUCAUGAACUUAUUGUGUUGCUGGUUAACACCCUUCAAAAGGUUUGUGUCAUUUUAAAUCUGACAUGUUCAAUGUUGUGUUUUGUGUCUGGGUUGAAUACUUCAAUCAGCCUGAAAAAAAAAUUAAAAGCAAAAGGGUGCAUGCUGGAAAAGACCUCAAAGAAGUGAACUUUGAGAUAAACGUUGCCUUUCUUGUAAUAACAGCACAUGUACAUGUACAAUAGUUGGCGGACAAGUUUUUAGGGGAGCUCUUCUUCACUUUCACCUGAAAAGAGAAAAGUCUCUUUUUUUCUCACCUUCUCCCAAACUACUUCCUGCUCCCUCAUACACAUCCCAGGCUAGACCCUGUACAUUUGAAACCAACAUGGCUGCCCAGAGGGGUCAACACCUGAUCUCGACAUUCUUACCGAGAAAUCUAGGGCAAUGUGAACAGUCUACUUACAACUGUAGCGCCAGUUAUUUCAUUGUUUCUAUUUCCAUUAUUCAGACUGAGAAAAGAGCAUGAUGGCGCUUUAUCAUAAAUUCUCAGCACCAAAAGAAAUGUUUUUUUUUUAACGAAUAAUCUACAUGUAACUGGUUUAAAAGAAAGACACAAACAAACCAGGUUUUAACAGUUUGUCUAAUAGGUUACCAAAAAAAGCUUUUGAAGGAUAGCUUGAAUUAAUAAUAAUCUUCUAAAAUUAAUCUCUGCUUAUUUUGCUAAGUAUAAAAGGACAGAAACAGAAACCAAAUAUUUACUACGGCUUAGCCUGCUGCCCUGUGAUAAUUAUUUAUCAUAGUAAAGCUAGUUAGUAAUAUUAAUUUUCUGUUUUUUUACCAGGAUCUUUGCAGUACUAAUGUCUUAGAGGUUUGCUUUGCUCUGACUGUUGUUUGCAAGUUGAUCAAUAAGGAAAUGAUGCCUGCAAUACUACCAAAAGUUUUAGAAUUACUUCAGUCUAAAAGGUUGGUCAGACAUAACUUCUUUUUACUAAUAUUUUGCUGCGUUCUGUCAAUAACUGAAUGAAAGAGUGAAUGAAAAUCAAUCGACCAGUCCAUCAAUCAGUCAGUUGUUAAGCAAGCAAUCAUUAAUUGAUUAUUAGUCCAAUUAAAAUAAUCUUAAACAUAAUUAAAGUCGACUUGGCGUUGGUAAAAUAGAAAUAAUGAUGAUACAGUGAGCUGUCAUUAUCAUGUAGUCUGUGUAGCUGACAGGGUUAUGAUGACCUGUAGUAUUUUCUUGGCAGUGGAGCUACUAGGGAUUGUUGCUGCUCCACUGCCAAAAAAAACAGCACUUGCCCGCUAAAUCCUGCUGGCUGCAAAGGCUAAUUACACAUGUAUCAUGUGAUUGGUAAGCUCCCGCGAAAGAUACGAAAAUCAGCAUGUCCUCAGCCAUGAGCUCUUUAGGCGGGAUUUAAAUGACCUUGGAACCUCAUUUUGAGCUUGUGCACUAUCCAGUGAGAUAUGGCAGGGCGGUCAUUAGACAGGUUAAGCUUCUCAUAUACAGCAAACGUCAGAUUCAAGUUGAGAUUUUCUCAAAAUAGAAAAUGAGCUGAUAAAAACAGCUCAAAACAAUUCUUGUUGACAAAAUUGCGUGAAACUACUAAUUUAAGUGUAGAAUUAAUGAACAGUAAACGACGAGUACAUGUAAUGGGGAAACUUGGUCACGUGGCACAAUUGACGUAAACGUGAUGCUUAACCUCUCUAAUAAGAGGCGGGGGCCGGGGAUUUUCCCCGGCAAUUAUGAACGUGGCCCCGCGGCUACUUUCUUCGAAAAACAGAAAAAAAAACAAAAAAAACAAAAGAAGUCCCUGUCUUUUUUAUUUCCCGCCUACUUGUUGUAUUUACCUGGCAACUUGAAAUCUUUAAAGUGACACAGUUGUAUUUAGAGACUCAUGGAGUGCAAGAGCACAUGCUAGGUUCAUGCAGUCUGCUUCUCUAGGUACAUAUAGUAACUAUGUGUAUUCAAAGUGGACAGACCGCAAAUUAUAGUAGUUGCUAAAAAAUAUAUAUCUACGUGUCACAACUGUUCAUGCGCAUCUAUGGCUGCCGGAACACAUGUAGCUGGUGAAAAUUUUGUGAUGUUUAGAUUAACGUUUUUCUUAAAAUUAAUUCAUCUGUUUUUUUUUUUUAUUAUUCAUUGCGGGCGACAAGAGGAGCCCGCAGUCCUAAUCUCCAGGUUGUUAUUACGCAUGCGUCGCAUGUAUGUAGCCAGCGUUCGUUUGGACUUCCACUAAGAAUGAAUGGAAUGCGAAGAACGCAAUUUGAUCACGCGCCUUUGGACAUCCUAUCACUCGUAAUCUGAUCACGCGUGUUGACUAUCUGUCAUGUGAAACUUACGCAAAGCGCAGCGAUGGAAGCGUAAAAAAAGAAGCCUGAUCGCAGGUUACCGAUCGUUUUCGUCCGCACUCCGUAACCUUUGAUUAUUGCUAGUAUGUAUUAUUAAAUGACAACACAAAUUUUAACUUAUAUCAUUUUUACCUUCCUGUUUUGUUCAAGUACUUUUACGUAUGGUAUGUAGUUGUACAUGGCGAUACGUUUGUCAACAUGGUGUGUUUUGUUCAAGUACUUUUACGUAUGGUAUGUAGUUGUACAUGGCGAUACGUUUGUCAACAUGGUGUGUUUUGUUCAAGUACUUUUAUGUACGGUAUGUAGUUGUACAUGGCGAUACGUUUGUCAACAUGGUGUGUUUUUCUCAGGGAUAUUGUGCGUAAGAAGGCAGUUAUGGCACUACAUAGUUUUUAUAUGAAGAAUCCAUCAGCUAUUCCUGAUGUGGUAAACCAUGUAACAAAGGCAGCUCGCGAUAAAGACCCUGGUGUAAUGACAGCAUCUCUGCACUUAUUCUUUGAACUGAUAAAGGUAAAAAGAACUCCUGGCAACAUGGAUUGCUCUAAUUUUAUUUAGCCCACUUCAAAACACAGAUACAGCUGUACAGGCGAAUGCUGCAUCAAGAGAAAGGCUAAUAUUUUUUCCUCUCGCAAAAUAUUUUAUGCCAUUACAGACCUAGACAAAGUUGACCAAUCGGAUUACGGGAAAAUAACAAUACAUUCCGAGAAAAUUAGUUGUCAAUCAUAAUUACGACAAAACGAAACCAACAACAUGGAUUGAAAUCAGCCAAUUACAACCUACAGACGCGAUCUUUUGAACCCGCUAAAGAAAGUCUGUGUUUCCUGAGAGGUCUGUUAGAGUUAAUGAAAGACUGAGGCGAAAGACGUAGACGUUCGUUAUAUUUUUGGCUUGAGGUAGCAUGUUAUUGCAAAGCGCGGCAAUGUAGCAGAGAAACUGCUGUUAGAUGAAAAAAUACAAGCUUGUGUUGUAUGUAAUGUUUCGAAUAGAAAAACAUUGUCUGGUAAAACAUUCUGCUUUCUUGAAAAACGUUUCCUAUCGAUAUUUAAAUUUUGUGCUUCGAGUAACUCAUUGUUUUUUUACGAGCAGCUGAUUGGCCCUCAACCAACUUCUCGGAAUGUAUUGUUACUUUUCUGUAAUACGAUUGGUCAACUUUGUCUGCGGCCCCGGUUACAGUAGUCGCACUGUGAAGGUUAAGAAUAAAUAAUAUAAGAAAGUUGCAAAAUUUUAAAAACGUAUUGUGGGGUCCAAAUUUGAGCCCUCCCUUCAGUUCGUGACAUUGUGAAGCUGUAUCUUCGUUAGUUUUUAAUAUAUCAAUACCAAACUUUGCGAUUUUCCCAUUUUUAUACGCACCUUUUAGCUGUGGUCACGGAUUUUUUGUUAACCGAUCCUUGUCAAAAGUUGAAAAAUAACCGUGAAAUGGUAUUUCGGUAUUGUCAUAUUAGCAAUGAUCAUGUUUAAGAAUCUCAGUGCUUUACAAGACGUUAUAUGGGGGAUAGUUAUUUCAAAAUGUUGUGUUUUGUGAACUUAAAAUACAGACAAAUUUCAACUUUUCUUCAAUGGGAUCAAUGAAUCAGUCUCACUACAGGUAUCAUCCUGUUGGAUUGGGUGGGAUUUUAUUGUCCGGGGCAAAUUUUGCCACAGUUAUUGCACAGUAAAAUACACCCUAUAAUGCCCAUAAUGUCAGUUUGGAACUCAUGGAAUAAAGCAGUCAUACUUUAGGAAAUAAUGUAAAUUGGAGGUGGAUAUGUAUAUGUGUAGUGCUUGCCGGUGUUCGUGUUGUUUUGUAUUGACAGGAAAAUCCAACUAAAUUCAAGUCCUUGGCCUCAUCUUUUGUAAGUCUUCAAAAGAUAAUCUUAGAGGGCAAAGUGGCAACUGACUAUGACUAUCAUGGAGUGGCAGCACCUUGGAUACAGAUUAAAAUUUUAAAGAUACUGGGAUUGUUAGGGGCAGAUAAUGAAAAGUGAGUCAACAAGAAGUGGUCAGUGGUCUUUGUAGAACCACAGGCAUCCCAAGCUCAUGUUACGAGAUAGAAUGGAAUUCGCUUUCUGUGUCACGAGCGAGUCGGUAUCGCGCUACAGGCUAUCUUUGAGACGUUCAAAUGUAUGAGAAAUAAAAUACUGAGAUCUGCGAGCGCUUAAUAUCGAUAAAUUUAACAUUUUUUAAAAAUUGAACAAAGAAGACUUACCUGUGAUGUUUUCUGGUGUGUUCUGUUGUUAAUUUAUUGAUUUAAUUGACUUUUUGGCUUUAAUGUGUGACCCCUGUAACUCCACUUUUAUUCGUCUUAUGAAUGGAGUGUAUGUAUUUUGUUUCUCAUACAACAUCUCAAACGAUGGACUGUCACGCGAUACCAACUAGUCCCAGAAAGUGAAUUACAUUCCACUAUCGUAACGUGAGCUUGGGGCGCCUGUAGAACUUCUCCAGUGGUAACAACUGUGUCCCCCAUGGACAAUUGGCGAAUAAAAACGCGCUAUAAUUGAGCAAGCGUGAGGCCAAGGAGGCUGGAUAUUGGCCGAAGGGCCUUUUUGCGUUUGUCUUCAAGGUUCAUAAAAAACGCUUAAAACAGCAACAACAAAAUCAAAGUAAUAACAGCAUCAGCAACAACAAACAAAACAAAAAAGAACAACAAGGUCAAUAUUCAACCGAACAAGAUUCAGAUUAAGAUUCCAGAUUGUAUAUAUAUAUUUUUGCACUGUUACAAGAUGUUCCACACAUUACAGUAUGUUACAAGAGCAGGAAGGAAAAGGGAAUAAAAAAAUUACAUAAAUCAUGAAAGGUGAAAUGUGCGCAGUGACCAAAGAAGCUUAGUGAAAAAGGAUUUGUUCUAUUUAUUUUCUCGCUCGCUCGGGUUAUCAAUUAGAACAAAGGCUUCGCCUCAUCUUGCCCGCUCGCGUAGCUAGCCAUAGCAAUAAAGUAGCCUGUUCCAUUAGCGCGUUCGAUAGUGGAGCGCGCGGAUAAAAUGUAAAGACUACCUGUUUGCAGCUCGAGAGUACAGAGUGAUCAUUAUACAGCAAAGGAUUCGAAUCUUUCUCGUGACCUUAAUUAUAAUAUUUUGCAGAGCUAGCAAGCAAAUGUAUGCGAUACUAGGAAAGACUUUGUCAAAUCUAAACACCAGCUCUCCUAUCAGUUAUGGUAAGUUUUCCCCAUCUCAAGUUUAACGACCUCUUUACUGUGAUUGGAAUGUCAUCGGAGUUUACAACAUUGUGGACAACUACUGACUCUCAACUAAAAAUAUAGCUUUGUCCUAAGUGCAUAGAUUGCAUGCUAUCUUUGAGUUGAAAAAACUUUAAUCCUCUGUAGUUUAAUUGUUAAUUAGUUGCAACCCAAUGUUUAAGGUCAUUAAUUAAAAUUUUCAAUGCUCCAAACUGUCCUCGUUAAACCUCGAUGUCUUUGUCAACCUGGACGGGGUAUAGUUUUCAGGGUCUUGUGCUUUAAACAGGGUAUACAUUUUCACUAUGUAGCGUCUUGACCAGGGUAUCUUUCUGGACCGAAGCCCUUUGAAGAGAAUGUAAAGGUUGGGGGUGGCUGGUCUACAUUUUGUGGUUCCAAUUUUUUUUAUUGUCCAAAAAAUCUUGAUGUUACAUUAAAAAAUUACUUUAUCGAAUCAACGAAUGUAAAGGUUGGGCGUGGCUGGUCUACAUUUUGUGGUUCCAAUUUUUUUUUAUUGUCCAAAAAAUCUUGAUGUUUCAUUAAAAAAUUACUUCAUGGUCCUAAAGUAAGGUUUCUUCUGGGUUUGAAGGCCUCAGUGGUACACUUCUACCCAAAACUUCUCUUGAGUUGUUGCACGACUUGUACGGAAAGAAAAAUCUAACGCACGUGAGUUGUAACUGCACAUUUUAAUUUUUUAAAAAAUCGUGAUUCUACUUUUUUGCUAAGACUUCCAUGUUUCUUGGCGUUCUCUCUAUUUGCUGUAGCUGUGGCUUAUGAAUGCUUGAGGACGAUAACCAGUAUAUAUCCUGACAAAGGUUUGAUUGAUAAAGCUGCAAAGUGUGUACGGGUAUUCCUUGUGGCCAAAACUAAUGACAUCAGAUACAUGGGUAAGUCUAGAUUGUUCCAGUCCUCUAUUUUGUCGUAAUAUCGAAAGGAUCGAGCGCUUACCGGUAUGGGUAGUCAUUUUGGUUUCAUGGGUACCGAGGGACCGGGCUAUACUUUGUAACCGGUCGUUCUGCCUAGAAGUCGAUUCGCCUACACUGAGGUCGAUUCGCCUACAUGAUUUAAGGUGUUUCUUAUACACUAAAGUUUACACUCAGCCUAAACAUAGUACUGUGAAGUGUGUGAAGUGAAGCUGACAUUCUGAAAUGUGUAGGCGAAGCAACUGAGAUCACAUUGCGUAUCGACCUCAGUGUAGACAAAUCGACUUGUAGACGAAACGACUUUUGGGCGAAACUUUAAAUACAGCCGCCUUUCAUGGCUACCGAUUACAGGGGAGGUUUUGCGAGAGACAGAGGGUGCGAUAAGAGGCGGCUGUAUUUGCAGGCUGGCCAUACUUCAGUUAGUAUUGCCUUCAGUCUCGGAACCAACCACUCGUUUCGAUCGAUUUUGAUAGUUGAAUCAGUAUACUGCUUUGAUCUCUCGUUUCGGUGAAUUAGGCUGUGGUCUUUGUAAUUUUAAAACAAUAUGAGGUUGUUUAACCCUUUAAACCCUAGGAUCAAAAUUUGAAUUCUCAUUUGUUGCCCCUAUCCAUUUCCUAAAGAAGUAGUGGGGAGAAGUUGACAAAAUAUCAAGCCAAUUCACCUGGUGUGAUCAUGCCCGUAAUUCUCAUUACCACUCUGUUUUACAAAGCAGUGAUAUUACAAAGAGAAAUUUGAUGCUGAUCACUCACUCUUAGGGUUUAAAGGGUUAACUGAGUUCGCUUUACACAGGGAUAAAGACACUGACAUCUUUGCUACAAGUGGGCAGUGGAUUUGUUUUGGAACCAGCGUAUCAAAGAGUCAUUAUCGACUGUCUGAAUGAUCCUGACGAGACACUCAGGAAAAAGGUAUGUAGGCUAUUUAUUUUGUGAAUAAAGAGUUUAGUGUCUACAGAGACUGUGGUGAAGGUGAAAAAUACAAAAAAAUUAAUUUCUCAACUGAGUUGUUUAUGUAUUUUGGUCACCUUGCGUUCAAUUUUGUCACAGUGUUUCUAUAUUCUGUAUUCUAUGUUCCCGAUGUUUAUGGUUUACAUUUGCAAAACCGAACUGCGACAGCGCCGUGAAAUCCGGAAGAGUGUAGCCCCCCCCAUCUGUUAAGGCGCAGCACUCAUUCUUAUUUUAAACAAAUAGUAGCUUUCUUAAAAUAUUUAUUAUUAUUAUCCAUUCAAAAUAUUUCUCCGUUUCUGAUUGGCUAAAAGCACAGGCAUAAUUCACCAUAACCAGCUACUGUUGACCAAAUUUGGAAGAAUUUUGCGAUUAAUUAACCGAUGACGUCAAAAGUGUAGCAUGGUUACGCGCGAGAAGGAGACACACGAGGGGAGAGGUACCCCUCGCGUGUCUCCCUCGCGUGCGCCCGUUCUCUCUUUCGCCCACUACUUCCAAGCGCCUGCUACGCAGCCCAAAAAAGAAGAAAAGAGAAGUGACAGGAAACCGCGGGUAUCCGAGAGAGAAAUGUCGAGUACAUUUUUAAUACUAAGAUAAUGAUAACGAUAACUUGCGAGCACUUAGUGUACUUGAUACACCUUUUUUACCCUUUUUAUAAUCUCUUUGCAGACUUUGGACCUUCUUUGCCACAUAACAAAUGCCUCAAACGUGGAAACAGUUUGUGAGAAGUUGUUGGCAUAUCUGAAGUCAACUACGGAUGCAGAUGUACAUUUUAAAACAGAGUUGGUUGACAGGAUCACGGAACUUUCUGAGAGAUAUCUUUUAAAACAUGAAGAAAUAUUGCAGUUUGUAAAAGAUGGUAGUUGCACAUAAACGUUCCCUGCCACCCGUGAUUCCUUAUUACAUUUUCACUGUUCAAAUACUAGUGAGCGUCGUACAUGAAGAAAUCGUGUAAUUUUGACUCGAGUUUUAUGCUUCGAUCGGUUUCCUCAGUCACACAACCGAUUUCUUUGCAGUUGGCCGGUCAGCUCAAGUUUACCCGCCUUACUAUCAAAAAGUGUUUGAUGGAAACGUUACUCUUGAGUCGAGAUUGCGUAACAGACAUAACGUCAGUUUCUGUACCCGAGAAUGAUUUUGAAUCCGACUUGGUGAAACUGAAUGCCAAUGAUUCUGCCUAUUAUUGUUCUAUCAGUAAUAUCUUACGGUAUAAUUACCCUUAACUUACUGUCAAAUAUGCUCCUGAUAAUUCGUGGUACAUUGUGACAAUGAAUGAGGUGUUUGAACUGGGUGGAUCACUUGUACGAGAUGCUGUGGCUCAUAACAUGAUGCGACUUUUAGCUGAAGGUUAGUUGUGGUCACGACUUAAGUGAUUUGCUUCACCUCCAAAAUGAGCGCACCAUUCAACUAAUUUACAUGAAUAAAAACCUCGCUAUCUAUGCCAUGUGUUGUGUUGCAUUUGAAGUAGUGAUCUGCCCGAAUGCUGAGAAAUAAUUCUUUCUUGUGUCAAAGUGAAUGUGCGACGUAGGGGAGUUUCACACGCUGGCCAAGUUUGUUUGAAUCUGCGCGCGCGAAGCUAAGUCAUUGUGGACAAAAUUGGUGAAGUAAACUGUCACAAUUGACCAAUCGUAGUGUAUAUCAGGAGUUGGUACACCGGAAUGAGGUAUUAAAGACAAUGCCUUCAGGCUCCACUUCCCGGUCUCUCCCCAGUCCCCACGCGGGUCUCGCUCACCUUUUCUCGAUCCGCUUUCCCUACUAUCUUGGAGCCUGGGACAGGCUACAUUACAUUGAAUCAUUCUUUCAUCAACAGGAACUGAGGACGAAGAUGCAGAUAACGACCUACGUCGAUUUGCUGUUAAUUCAUACAUAGAUCUACUUGAAAAACCUGUUUUGCCAGACAUUCUAAUUCGAGUAAUUUGCUGGGUGAGUUUUCAGUGAACUACUUUAUUGCUUUUUACAAAGUUCAACAGUAACCACUGACAGUAAUCCCAAAGGCGAAAUUUUACUUUGAAUAUUUUAAAAAGAAAUCAAGGUUGUGCUCAUGCAGUGCGUGGUGGCCCGUUGCGUGUACGUUCUGCUCCUGGGCGACUAGAGAAUCUUGUUUUGUUGUUGCUGUUGUUGUCAAGUUGUUUUUUUUUUCAUAGAAAUUAUAUGCUGGGCACCCUGGAUUUCACAAGUUCAGAUCACUGCCCAGCUCCCUCCAAUUUUUCUUAGAGCACAGCCUUGAAAAUAAUCAAUCACUCGGAUACAUAUCAAAUAGACAUCAAAAGGAGAGUGUUUUAUUCGAUAUGUAGAUACGUCGAAGUUGGUUAUUUAAACGUAUAGUUUGUACUUCGUUUUUGGUCUAGGGCGAAAAAAAAAACACACUUCUUCUCGUGUUUCCUUCAUUAAAAUAAACUGUUGCAUAUAGUAUGAUCAAAUGAACGUAAUUAUGGUCACUUUAAGGCAAAAAAUCGAAGAUCCGACGGGUUGAUGUGUUAUUGGAUGCCACCACUGCUGCCAGUAUAGUAAUAAAUAACUUUUGGUUUCCAGAAGGAAUACUUUGUAAUGAAAAGACAAAGUAAUGACAGUAUUUCCUUCGCCGUUCAAUUCAAAGACCGAUUUAUGCUUUCUUUUUUAAAGGUCCUAGGUGAAUAUUCAUACACACUCUCGGAACUGGACCCUCAAGUCAUUCUUCAAGAAUUGUUUUCUUUAAUGGAAAGGAAAUUUGAAGGUAACAUCAAAAAGGAACUUGCUUCAAAUCAAAUGAAUCCUUGAUAUGACUCGCUAAAAUUCAAGAAGUCGGGCGUCGGUUGUAGAUCCAUUCACACGGACUUACACCGUUUUCGUUUUCAGCAUAGCCUACGUGCGUGCAGACGUCUCCUUUUUUUGUUACCCCUUGGGCAACAAAGGUAUAGGAGAUGUCUGCACGUGGCCUAUUUUCGGCAUUUAUUUGUUGCAUAAAUAACAGAGAACAUGGAGGCGGAUAAGAGCGUUUGAUCAGUAGAAGUAGCAGUCGAGACCGCAUACUGAAGAAGCACAGUCGUAUUCCAGUUUCGUCUCGCAUUCCUAGUUUACCGAGACUCAACGCUACAAAACGUAGCUUAUGCCCAUCAGUGUAAUAGAGAAACGUACAUACGAUGUGUAUUAAUAAGAACAGUCGUUCAGUUCUGUCACAUACCUGGGCAAAUUCUCCGUUACGUCCUCACUUCCGUUGCACGUGUAUUGCAUUGUUGUUGUUGUUUUUUUAUCCUCUCUUGUCAUUACCCCUCUCUUAAGAUUGUAACCGUAAGGUGGCUUCAACUUACAGAUCCCAGUACCAAGCCCUGGGUCGUGAGUGCUAUUGGAAAAGUGACUUCUCAGAUGGGGCAGCUCUUGGAGAGCACGAGAGAUGUGUUAGAAAAACACGUGAGUGGCGUGGAUGUUGAGCUCAGACAGGUAAGAAAGUGAACAAUGGGCAUAUUUUAUAAUGUAUUAUGUUUGUUGUUAAACAGGAAAAGGGACCUUUAGAUUCUAGGACCAAAAAGACCAUGGGUACGAGAUUUGGCUUAGAGUUUCUUUGCGUAUUCUCAAAUAAUAGUCAUUCCGGAAAGCUUCAUUGUACUUCUUUUUCACAAAAAAUGCUGUGUUUGGAUGAUAGGCAGCUGAAGCAAACUCAAGAGGAACGUCUCGUGGGACUGGAUAUCGACCCCUCCGUAUCUUGGUCAUCCCACAUAGCUAAUCUCAGGAAAAAAAAAAACUCUUAAAGCGCGUUGCUUUUCUGGGUCGCAUUAAAAAAUUCCUACAAGUUAAACAACGCAUCAUUUUAUUUAAUGCUAGUAUUAAGCCUAUUCUUGAGUACUGUGUUUCCGUUUGGGGAAGUUGUAAUGUAGGAUUGUUGGAUGAGAUUUCUAAAGUUCAAAAAAGAUGUGCGCGUAUUAUACUGGAUGCUCCGUUUCAGGCUAUAAUCCUGCCGCUAUUUCUGGAACUUAGGUGGCUACCCAUGCAUUAAUCAAAUCUUCAUUGAAAGAAGACUACUUCUGCUCAAAAAAAUCUUGGAUGGAUGUGCACCGGAUUACCUCUCUGAGAAACUGUUAUCUUUGAAAUACCACAAGUCUCAUGAUACAAGGUCUCUUAUCACCUCCCUAUUCCACGUACCAAUAGCAUGAAGCGAUUGUUCCUUUGCAAUGCAGUUAAACUGUGGAAACUGUGGAAUAAUGUCUUUUCUUACGGUGUUCCCUUUCUUUAACGAUCUGCAGCGUUGUUCAGAAAUCCAGGAACUCUCUCAGAACACGUUCCUUUGGCAAAGUGUUCUUCCUAUAGAUGGCUGUUGUGAAGAUCUGGAGGUUAGUUCAGUCAAAUGAUUGAAAGAUAGGCUCAUUUUGCCCGCUCGGGUAGCCACCAAUCAAAAUACAGGAUUUGCUUCAUCUUGCAUGCCUGCGGAUGCAGCCAUAGAGUAAAGAUAUGUACUAUUGCACCGCUGAGAUGGGUGGGCGUGUUUUCAAGCAGUUUCAGUACGGAGUGGAAAUCAGGGGAUUGCUGAUUGGUAUGAAGAACGGAGUUUUUGGUACAUAAUCAGACUGGGAUAUUGUAGGUACUUUUAGUGCCUAGACUAAAAUAGGGUCGCAAAAUUACAGCUGAACAUUGCAGGAAGAUGAUGUUGGUAACUGUUUCCGCUGAAACAAUAAAAGUGGCCCUGAUGGAGAGUGUGUUGGAGGUUCAACUAUUUUGAGGUGGGGUAGGGUGUGAGUCGAGUUGAUAAGUCUAGUGUUCUAACAUAACCUGUUUGCUGUGCGUGAAUCAUGUUUUCCUUCAAGGUGGACGAAUCUUUGUCUUUUCUGGAUGGCUUAGUAGCAGAGGCGCUGUCAAAUGGAAGUUCCCCUUAUAAACCAAUGAGUGAGCGAAGCAUUGAAAACAAGACCAAAGGUGAGUACGUAUUAUUUGGUAUGUAAUAUUGGAAUUAAUAAAUCUUUUCCGCUUGCAUUAUAGUUGAGGGGAAAAAGAAAUUAGUAUGUGUAAUCAAAUGGUGACGAGUGAAAUUAUUCCCUAAUUUCACGAGUAUACGAUUUGAUUACCUAUUAAUAUCAUGGGUGACGAAUUACGUUAGCAAUCUUGGAUUUUUGACAUGUUUAUCCUGGAUCGUAUCGAUCGAGAACUCCACUCUCACAAAUGUUUAGACCUUAAAUUUGGCUUAUAAAGUUCAGAAUUUUUCAGACUUUUUCGGCAAAAUACCUGUUAGAAUCCUUCUUGAUGUUCUCUUGUGUGUUCAGGUUUUCUAAAGCGUCUUUUUGUGCCAUGACAUCUUCAUUCAUGGCAUUUUAAAACUUCGUCGCCAUCUUGACGCUGAGACGUACGAAAGGUUGCCAUGGCAAUUGUGAAACUACAAAUUAACGCUGAAAUUUCGCGCCAAAAUUAGGGAGUAAUUCGUCACCUAUGAUAUUAUCUUUAUUAUUGUUAUUAUCGUUAUAACCUUCGAUCCAUUGAAGGUGGUGUCUUUUUUUUGCCUCAAUUUCGGUUGGUUCAGUGACUGAUUCAGCAUUUUACUUCUUGUGAUACACGUAAUCGUUUUCUUCUUUGUAGAAGUUCCCGAUUCCCAUCCAGCUCUGAAUUUUGGACCAUACGAAAAUCCUUUGAAAAAAACCAGUAAGCCUUCUCCACAACCAGAAAUGAAGCCUGAAGUGGAAAAGAAAAGUAGCAGAUCUGUCGAUAAUACCAGUGAUAGCGAACCCACAGUCAGCAAGAAAAACAAGAAAAACAAGAAAAAAACCAUUGAUGAACCUGCGUCUAGUAAAAGACUGUUUUCAGGUCAGGCCGUGUGGGGACCUAGCGGAUAUGCAAAAUAUCAAGUACGGUCUGAGUCGGUGGAUUCUAACAGUAAAUCGGAUUCGUCGUCACGAAGCACUGAAUCUGAUAAUGUAGUGGUGAAAACAAGUGCCAAGGUAAGGAACGAUCAAAACUAAAUUACUUUACAUAUAGCAAUCAUUUUGGCAUUUAUAGUGGAGAAGAUUGUGAUGUUGUAAAUCCCUCGCUACUCGUCAAGGCUUCUGGGGGGGUUUGGGCUAAUAAUUUGGAAAAUUGCUUAGCAGCAAAUGCAGAGAGCUAGAUGGCUAUAAACCGGGCUACUUUCAUUGAAUUUUCAGCUCAUCGAUUUAGAUCACGUGACAGUCCUCAACGAGUCUAUCGUUUUCUUAUUUAUACAUAUUUAUGCUCGUUCUUACCCUUGAUUUCAAAGGGUCAAAUCUCCUGAGAAGGUCUAAAGCGACCAAUAAGCCCAAUGAGGUUAAAGAAAAAAUAACCUAGCAACCAACCACGAGUUAUUUUCCCCCAUUAAUCAUGUUGUUUUGGCGUUUGUUUUUUGUACUAGGCUAGUACUAGUUCUGCUAUGUCGCUGGAAGACGAGGUUCACACACAGCAACUGGCCGCUCAGCUUUUCAGCGGUGUUGCAGAAAAACCACGUUCAUCUGCAGGCAGGGGUCAGUUGGCAACAAGGAAAGGGUUGAGACAUUCAAGAAAAACAAACAUUGGUGUUCCUGAUCCUGGAUCACCAGUUGUAGAUAAUGAACUACAUUCAUCGCAACGUCCUGCGUUCAGGAGAGAAACAGAAAACACGAAUGUGGAGCUUUUGUAUGACUUUGACAGCGUUAAAGUUAACGACAGCGUAGAAGCAACAGAACGUUCUAAAACUUACACCAUUCAAUCAUCUAUAGACGUGGCGCCACCGCAUGACAAUCAUUCCUUUGAUAUUCCAGAACCAGCCUUCCAAACCGAUGAUCAUUUGUUCGGGAUCACUGGUAACGAUCCUGGCGUGACUGUUCCUACAAGUGACGAGGAUAGUAGCAAAUGUUUACCCUUAAGUCACAAUGAUUCUCACAUGUUAUUACGUACAAGUCACGCUGAUACUGGUCAUGCGACUACUGAACAGGUAAGACUUGUUAGCUUCGCGCAGAUUUAAAUAUUUUUGCUUGGAAAACUUGUGAUCCAUUUUUCUUUCUUUUUACAUCAUAGUAAUGCAAAUCUUUGUCACUUUAAAUAGCUUUAAAUAUUUUCUCUUUGUAUAUUUUUUACACCCAACGUUUCUGUGAAUUCAGAGCCUAUUCGCCCCAUGUAAGGAAUUUGGGAAACUUUUGCUUGUGGAAUCAGGAAUCCUGGGCUUUGUUAUCCGUAAUUCAGCUCAAAGAAUCCAGAUUCCUGCUGACAAUUAGAAUCCGGAAUCCAAGUUCUAUUGACAGCGCAAACGGAAUCCAGUGGCUAGAAUUCGAAAUCAACAACGUGAAAUUCAGAAUCCAAGACUGUCUUGGAUUGCCUUCCUUGGGAAAAUCUGCUGUCAGUCUGCUGCAACUUUCCUACCCAUUCCCUUAAAUGAUUUGAUCUAGUAGACGCUCCAUUGCUUGGCCAGACGCCGGCGUCGAAAUUCCCCGUAUGGCGCACGGUAUAUGUGACCAAGGCUUAUUUAAAGUACCGUCGGGUCGCACGGUAGAUAUUCUUGAUGCGUCAUAACUUUUAAAGCUCUGAACCCUUGUCCAGUGGGCAAAGGUCCAGGCAAAUCAUUAAUUUACUUAAUCAUUAAGCAAAGCAAGCACGCAAAUGGCGCAGCGUAACAAAAUGCCAAAAUUGCUUGUUGAAAGGACAGGCUUGAGUCCUUUAUUUUUCGAGCCCUGCAUGUCGUCAUUUGUAUACUAGAUUACUCUUGUAUCGAUUUACUUGGUAUUUUUACUGAACACAUGGUGUACUCCCAUAAUUAUUUACAGAAAACGCAUUUGCUUGACGAGGAGAAUACAGAUCAGCUUCCAUGUCUAGAGCUUAAAGGCAUCCCGUCGAUCUCAUUACCGGAAGACUUGGUCCAUUUUCCGCACUCUUCUGAAGCCGUUGAACUCUCUUGUGACAAUAACUUACGAGUUACUCUUAGGAAAGUCUGGAAACCAAAUGAACUUGUGCUCGUUGUUUUCCUAACCAAUCAAAAUCAAGCGAAUGCCCCAAUCCAUGACGUCACCAUCGUGUUUGAGCCACCCUCCAAUCUGAUUAGCUCGUUUGAUUCUUUGCCAAGUAACAAGCUUCAGGAUGAAAAAAUUGGCCCUCUUGAGUGGGUAAGAACGUAACUUUAGCCCAUGAUUACCUUUUUGUGUUAUGAGCGUUGAAAAUUUAUAUUUGACAGUGUUAUAUAUCAUCUUUAUUGUCACAAGAUCUAGAUUAUUGGUGAAAUUAAUACUCUCAAAAAGUAUCUUAUUUUACUUAAUUUUUUUCUCCUUUAGUCAGUAAUAAAUCCCACCACUGUAUUGGACCUAACUUGUUCACAGUCUUAUUACAGUGAAGGGCAUUCACGACGCAAGGAAACAAGGCCUUGCUGUCAGGCCUUUCAAGGUCUUUCACACAUUCUUCCGAAAUUCUUAUGGUCCAAUGAGUUUGUGUAUAUGAAACCCUUAAAAGGCUGGAGAAUGAUUCAUCGAUGAGUGCAGCGCAUCCAUAGAUUUGGUGGCCUGUUCGAGCACCGCACACUCACUCACUGCGUGUCAUAUUUUCCUACUGCUAGGUGAGUCAUCAAGUUGUUUCAAGGUACAAGUCUCCGGCGCUUCAUAUGAACUUCGGUGGCAAGAUUUCAUAUAGAGACCCCAACAGGACGUUAAAGCAUCUAUACUUUAACCACACUUUGAGCGUCAGCGACAUUCUCCGGCCACUUGUGAUCACUACGGAGGAGUUUGCCCAGAAAUGGACUAACGCUUCGUUUGAAAAGAAGCAAAAGGUGUCGAGCUCAUUAAAGAACUGCCAAGAUCUCUCUGAGAAAGCUGAACACACCUUGAAACUUCACUUGGUGGAAAUAAUAGGUAAAAAAUAAAAUAGCCGGAAAACAGCCUUCAUAGGCCCGCUGGGCGUGUAUCAAAAUUCCCAAGAAUUACUUGGCCUGGAAAUCUGUUUCUGGUACAUUGUUUGCAAAUAAUAUAUUGAUAAAACUACCAGUCAGCAAGACAAAAUGGGCUGGUCUGUUGCUUAGGGCCCUCGCUUUUAUUCUUUAGAUUUUGUUUUGAAUAUUUGAUAUCGGGGCCGAAAGGUUCUCGGGACUUUCGGGAAACGGGCCCCAGGGGAGUGUAAUAUAGUGAAAAGGGGAGGAACCAGCAAAACAGGUGUUAUUUAGCCCAGCGCAAAGAAGAAGCAUUCGGGAGAGAAGAACGUGGAAUUCAAGACAAGCCGGGUAACAAAAAAAAAUUAUAUUGAACUCUCGUCUUAGCUUCUUUAUCGCGAGAUAAAAGAUGCACUCGUUGGUGAACAAUCCCUUGCGGUCCGUUCUUAAUUGCGCCCUAAAUUUCUCAUGCGCCUUCUACCCAGGCUGCUCUCGUAUAGCGCUUCACGUGCGUCUCCCGCCAUCAAGCGCCUGCUAUGAAAAGUACUUUUCUCCCAUCAGUAAGUCGCAAUUUGAGCCCUGGCUUACUCGUUGCCCUGACCCAUGUGGCAGGCGUUCGGAAGGGAAGGGGAAUUUGGCCGCAAGUCCGCGCGCCCAAAUAGAGAGCCUGCCCGUUGAUGACUCCACGUUCGCCAUAUUCGUGUCACAAAACAAUGAAACUGCGAUCAUGUUGGUGUUGUGGAAUUGAAGCUUAUGAAAAAACAUUUUUUUGUGCCAAUAGAUUUGCAUAGCUGCUCCCCACUUCAGUGAAAACGCUUUAUUGGUGACUCAGAAAGAUCUCAGAACAUUUAUAAGUUAUUGGACGUAUUAUAGAAAUGUCAUACAAUUUUUAAAUGCAAUGUUAAGUGACUUCUUUUUUAGCUUCUACUGCUGCCAUGUCUGCGAUGUAAAAAUACAGGCUUUUUUAACCGCCACACUAUUUCUAUGUUAGGGUCUUGGUCCAUGAAACUCGGUGUUUAUAACGAAUAUUCUUUUUAUAUUUUCAGGCAAGAAGGUUAUUCUCUCCGGUACAGUGAUGCAGUCUGGGAUAUGUCUCUUACAUGCGAGCUUUGAUGGUGACGAGUUAGAACUGUCAAUCAAAUCGAAUAAUAGACUUCUAAAUGAUGCGGUACUGAAACAUUGUGGGGCUGUCUUUAGAUGACGUCUGCGUACCCUCUUCUUCACACCAGCGAGUGACACAGAAAGCGCAAAACAACCUGCAAAUAGAAUAGUUAUCGUGAGGACACAGUUCAGUGGUUUUUAACUAACGCUACCUCAAAAGCGCAAAUAAAAUGUUCGAGAAACAGUGCAGAACUGAAUUAAUAUAUGUGAAAGAUAAUUAUAGUUUGAAAUGAAUAUUAAACAAGGC